ACAACCAACACACAAUCGGCGCAGGAUCACUCGGAUUUGAUUGCGGAUCGCAACACGCGCAUUUGCACAGCCGAGACAGUUUUGUGAGUCUGCCGUUGUUUUACUCGAGCAUUCGACGUUUAUUGUGAUAUCCGUCACUGCCUGUAUGCCUGCCUCGAAAGCUUCGCUUUCUCUCGGUAAAUUUACGCUAACCAAAUUAUUCCUGAUUAUUGGACGGAUCAAUGUGGCCGCUACUGCUGUCAAUGCCGUUAUCACCCUGAUUUCCAAAAGUUAUGGUCCGUCCACUCUGGUACACCACGGUACACCGAUCUCUGCGGCCGUGUCUGGCGCGCUGCUCGUCCUCGCUGUUCAUUUCCAAUUGAAACUGCCAUUUCGCAGCUGGAAAUGCCUCCGACAUUUGGGUUGUACGGAUUUGCUGCUGGUACGCGGUCUGUUGGCAGUGUUGGCCACCCUUGGUCUGCUGCUAGUGCUGCGGACCUUCCUCUUCGCAUUCGGAAACCCCGGUCGGCGCUCCCCUUUGGACAUCACUGCCGUGAUGUCGCAAAUCCGGAGUAAAUUCAUGGAAAACGGAACACGGGCACCACUGACUCCGGAAGAAAGUAGCCGAACCAAAGCCACGCAGGACCAUUACGAAGAGAUAAUCAAUAGAUUCCGGAACGCCUUCGCAAAAGCGGCGUCGUUGCGCUCCGUUAUUGUGGGUUUCUACGGAUUGAGCGGCUUGGUAUUCCUCUCCCAGUCCAUUCUUGCCGGUGUGUUCUGGACAUGCAUGGCUCCUUUCGGUGAAGAUUACAACGAAAUUGCGGAUGAGGAGAUGGGCAAAACGCUGGAUAGCCAUCCUUCAACGGCACUGGCUCCCACUGGUGAAAACUGCGGCGAAUGUUCAAAGGGAUCCUGCCUGUUGAUCGUUUUGAUUGCAUACAAGGGAGCACUUGCGCUGUAUAUGAUGAUCACCAUUUACUACUUGAUCAUUAGCAUCUAGCACCCACCUUGGCACAAAGCGUAAUUUGUCCAAGGCUGCAAUUGUACUACAGAUUUGACAAGCGGACAAUUAAGUUAUUGCACAGAGUGAACUGCAAUUAGGGCUUGAGCUGGUGUUGCAUAAAACCAAGUAAUUCAUUAAAAAACUGCCCUGAAGCGAACGAGUACUGCGCCAAAGGCAGGUAUCAUGAGGUAUGCAUGGUAACCUCACCAGUGCCAGCUUGCUUGUUUGUGUUUGUGUUUCUAGUUAUU